UUGCGUUGCGUGCGGUCGGCUGGUUGGACUGCUUUGAUGUUCGUUCUAAAGAUUACGCAUACGCCGCGUAUACGCAGCUUUUAAAUAACAAAUAAACGCGUUUGAUUGGCUUUAGCAAUAAAUUCCUUGCGGCUGGCGCAAUCUGUUAUAAUAUUCGAUCUCGUAACACUUUGAUAAGCUUCGUCUCUUUUUCCAUAUACAAACAAUCGUCGUGUUGCAAUUUGAAAGCUCGUCAAAAUGGAUGCACUGAAAAAUUCGGAGCAAAAUGCGAGAUGUAUAGUCAAAUACCGUCAGCAGUAUUAUGAUAUAUCCAAUUUUAUGCACAAGCAUCCGGGCGGGCUGAAUACCCUAAAGGGCCUCAACCAGGCAGAUAUGACUUCGCGCUUCAUGAAAGCUCCGCCGCAUUCCGAUGCCGCAAUGUACCUGAUGCGCGAGUACAAGGUGGAUUACGAUCGAGAGAAUAGCGCGAAUGAGCGUAGAGCGGAAAAAUUGGACGAGAACAGAGUUGAGCUGCUGGCACAACAGACGCCAGCACAGUCGGAGGACAGCAACAACAAUCAGCUGGAUGAGAGCAUGGAGCACCUGGUGGACUGGUCAAAAGCUAUGCUGCCACAAAUUUCAAAAAUAACAAAACAUUACGACGAAUGGGUACAUAAACCUGUCGACAGACCGCUGCGCCUAUUCGGUCCUUGGUAUUUGGAAAUGUGUACGAAAACUCCUUGGUGGGUUGUGCCAAUGUUCUGGAUCCCAACAAUUAUUACCUGCGGAUGGGAUGAGGUUCAAGCAAACUCACACAAUAUGAAAGAAAUCACAACAAUCAUCAGUCAUCUACUCUUUGGAGUGAUAUUUUGGACGUUGCUGGAGUAUUCGUUGCAUCGCUGGGUCUUUCAUGUAAAAUUGACAAGUAACAGUAGACCUUGGCUUUGCACAUUUCACUUUUUGAUACAUGGACUGCAUCACAAGGUUCCAUUUGAUUCCAUGCGCCUUGUAUUUCCGCCACUGCCUGGAGUUAUCCUUGCUGUCAUUAUAUAUACACCGAUAAGUUUUAUUCUACAAAAUCAUCACCCACGUUUAAUACUUUCGGGUGCUCUUUUGGGCUACUUGAUCUAUGAUAUGAUACAUUAUUAUUUGCAUUACGGCAAUCCAGCGGCUGGUCAUCAUUUGUACCACAUGAAAAGGUACCAUUACCAGCAUCAUUUUGCCCACCAAGAUCUCGGAUAUGGCAUUAGUAGCCCCAUUUGGGAUUUUGUAUUUAAGACACGCAUACACUUGAGGAAAUUAAGAUACCAACUACGAUGGUCGUAAGAGUCCUUCUGCAAUGUUUUGCAGUAUAAGAACAAAUUUAUAAUGUAGGACUAAAAAUAAAUAAGAUGACAAUUUUAAAAUAAGAAAAAACCAUACAA